AUGCCGGAUGAAGUGAUGCGAGGAGGGUUUCGGUACAUGACUGCUUUCCUCGUCACGAACACGGGCACCUACGUCAACAUCACGGAUGUGCAGCUUGAAAUCAGUUUCCAACCUACAUGGUCGAAUCUGAGAGCAUAUCAGGGGUAUUUCCAUUGUAACGACGAGCUGCUGAAUAGGAUAUGGUAUGCAGGCGCCUACACGCUCCAAACCAACGCCGUACCAUCCAACACCGGCCGCUGGGUUCCCAUGCUCGCCAACGGCUGGGCCAACAAUGGUACUUUGGGACCAGGAGAGACCAUCAUCGUCGAUGGCGCAAAGCGCGAUCGCGCCGUCUGGCCAGGCGACAUGGGCAUUGCCGUGCCUUCAACUUUUGUCAGCACUGGAGAUCUCGAGAGCGUGAAGAAUGCAUUGCAAGUCAUGUUUGACUACCAGAAUCCAGAUGGCUCGUUCCCGGAAGCUGGACCGCCGUUGUUGCAGCAGAAUAGCGAUACGUACCAUAUGUGGACGAUGAUCGGGACGUACAACUACAUGCUCUACACGAACGAUGCAGCCUUUGUGCAGAAGAAUUGGGCGAGGUACAAGAGAGCUAUGGAGUAUGUUUAUGCUAAAGUCGAGGUGGACGGAUCUGGUUUGUUCAAUCAGACGGGCACGAGGGACUGGGCGCGCUGGCAGACUGGCUUCAACAACACCGAAGCGAAUGUCAUUUUAUAUCAUACACUGCAGACCGGUGCGAAGCUCGCAACAUGGCUCAACGACACCGCGAUGACCAACGGCACUAGGCUGCAGGAUUUAUGGACAUUACGCGCCACGUGUCUUCAAUCAGCAAUCCUUACCCACACCUUCGACACCGCGUACGGCGCAUUUCGCGACAACGCUACACUCACCACUCUCCACCCCCAAGACGCAAACAGCAUGGCCCUCCUCUUCGGCCUCGUCUCUCCUUCCUCCGCCCAGGCCCAAUCCAUCUCCACCGCGUUAACAAAAAACUGGACGCCCAUCGGCGCCGAAACACCAGAACUCCCCGGCAACAUAUCCCCCUUCAUCUCCUCGUUUGAGAUCCAGAGCCACUUCACCGUCGAGCAGAUUGAGAGAAUGAGGUGGCUCAUCAUCAAGUACAAUCUACGUUAUGCAUACGACGAGCUGUACAGCGGUUCUGCCGUAACACUUCCAGUCAAUCGAUUGAGAAAAACAGAGGCAAAGACUAUACAUAACCCAGCAUGA